GCCGCCGCAGCCGCCGCCGCCGCAGCCGCUGCGCCGCGGCUUGAGGGCGGGAGGCUGGGGGAGGGUAGCGGAGCCGGCGCUGCCGCCAUGUUGGGUCUGAGGCGGCUGCUGUAGGCGCCUACGGAGCAAGCGGGCGUGCGGAGCGGCCACAGCGGCGCGGGAUCCGCCUCUCUGCGAGCGGCCGGGAGCGGCGGCGGCGCCGGCGCCAUGAGCGGGGGCACCCCUUACAUCGGCAGCAAGAUCAGCCUUAUCUCCAAGGCGGAGAUCCGCUACGAGGGCAUCCUCUACACUAUCGACACCGAGAACUCUACCGUAGCUCUCGCCAAAGUUCGGUCCUUUGGUACAGAAGACAGACCAACAGAUCGUCCAAUACCACCUCGAGAUGAAGUCUUUGAAUACAUUAUAUUCCGUGGGAGUGAUAUUAAAGACCUCACUGUUUGUGAGCCACCAAAACCACAAUGUUCUUUGCCUCAGGACCCAGCUAUCGUUCAGUCUUCACUAGGCUCAUCUACUUCUUCAUUCCAGUCAGUGGGCUCCUAUGGACCUUUCGGCAGGAUGCCAACAUACAGUCAGUUCAGUCCAAGUUCAUUAGUCGGGCAGCAGUUUGGGGCUGUUGGUGUUGCUGGAAGCUCCUUGACAUCCUUUGGAACAGAAGCAUCAAACAGCAGUGCCCUAUCCCAAAGUAGUGCAGUUGGUUCUGCCUUUACACAGGAUACAAGAUCUCUAAAAACACAGUUAUCUCAAGGUCGUUCAAGCCCUCAGUUAGACCCUUUGAGAAAAAGCCCAACCAUGGAACAAGCAGUGCAGACAGCCUCGGCCCACUUACCUGCUCCGGCACCUGUUGGGAGAAGGAGCCCUGUAUCAUCAACCAGGCCUUUACCAUCAACCAGCCAAAAAGCAAUAGAGAAUCAAGAGCACAGGCGAGCUGAAGUACACAAGGUUUCAAGACCAGAAAAUGAGCAACUCAGAAAUGACAGCAAGAGACAAAUAGUUCCAGGUGCUCCUUCAGCUCCAAGGAGAGGGCGUGGGGGUCAUCGAGGUGGCAGGGGAAGAUUUGGUAUUCGACGAGAUGGUCCAAUGAAAUUUGAGAAAGACUUUGACUUUGAAAGUGCAAAUGCACAAUUUAACAAGGAGGAAAUCGACAGAGAGUUUCAUAAUAAACUUAAAUUGAAAGAAGAUAAACUUGAGAAACAGGAGAAGCCUGUAAAUGGUGAAGAUAAAGGAGACUCAGGAGUUGAUACCCAAAACAGUGAAGGAAAUGCAGAUGAAGAAGAUCCACUUGGACCUAACUGCUAUUAUGACAAAACUAAAUCUUUCUUUGAUAAUAUUUCUUGUGAUGAUAAUAGAGAACGGAGACCAACCUGGGCUGAAGAAAGAAGAUUAAAUGCAGAAACAUUUGGAAUCCCACUUCGUCCAAACCGUGGCCGUGGAGGGUACAGAGGCAGGGGAGGUCUUGGCUUCCGUGGUGGCCGAGGACGUGGUAGUGGCCGAGGUGGUAACUUUGCCACUCCUCGAGGAUUUCGUGGUGGAUUCAGAGGAGGUCGUGGGGGCAGGGAGUUUGCAGAUUUCGAAUAUAGGGCAUAUCAGCUACCUGUUGAAGAACCUAUGGCAACUCCUGUUGAAGACCACAUUGAGUCAGCUUGGUUUGAGAAAAAAACACCUAUCUCAGCAUGGAGCCAUAGUGGGCUUGAAAAAGACAACAAAGUUGCUGCAUAGUCUGCAAACAAGUCUUUGAAAAUAGAUGGAUUUUUAGCUCUUCGUGGUCCUGAGAAUUGGUUUCAGUCUUUGAGAAGAAUGAAAAAGUGAAUUUGCUGUAUAUUUGUCACCAGCACUGGGUUUUUGUUUGUUUGUUUGUUUGUUUUUCUGCUUAAUUUCAAAGAUACAAUACAGUUAAUUUUGGGGGUGGGAGGGAAGGCUCAUCUUAAUAAAUGAGCAUUAAAUAUAUUUGGAAUAGCAGAAGGUUAAGUAAUUUCUUAUGUAUAGUUAAACUAAAGCAGUACUCCAGUGGAACUUAUAAGUAUUUUUUCAUCACUGAAAGGAUUUUUCUUAUCACUAAAUUGUAUUUGGCAAUUAUUGUGAGUUGCCUGCAGAUAGGACUGUGAUACUGUUUUGAGCCACAGAAGGAAGGGUCUGUGUGUCUAUGUUUCUGUGUAUCUGUAUCUUUCUUUUUCUUUCUUUCUUUCUUUCUUUCUUUUUUUUGGAAAUCCUGUAAUAACCCUUCUGAGGUAGCUUAUUUCGUCAAUUAAUUAGGGUGCUGGAUGGUAGAGAAUUUUGUCAGUCAACUAUGUACACACAGUAAAUACUGUUUCUUAGGCAAAGGUAACUUUUUUAUAUAGUUGUAAAAUUCCAUUAUAUUCCAUUGCCAAAGAAACAUUAAGAACUUUGUAUAGCUGUAUAAAAAGCAACUAAUUUUUUAAAGAAUAAACAUUUUAAAGUCAGCAAACAUACUGUGUCCUUGCAGAAGUUGAUGUGCUGAGGAGCAGAGGUAUGGGUGGGUCUUUUUUUCAUAGCUUUUCAGGCUUAAGAUUGUUGAUUUUGAUUUUUUUUUUAAAUGCUUGGAACGUAAAUGAAGAUUUUGAUACAUUCUUUCAUUAUCUAAAAAGGGUAAAUUACUUAUGUUCAUUGUAAGAACUUUAUUUUGUAGUAAAUGGCAUAUCACAGGACUUAUCCACAAAUAAAUAUUUUCAGCAUACAAAUGUAAAUAAUCAUAGAUAAGAAUGUACUUAGAUGAUUUUCAAAUAAAUAACCCCCCCCCCUUUUUUAAGACAAUAAAACUAGGUGUCAGGGCUUCCCUGGUGGCGCAGUGGUUGAGAGUCCACCUGCCAAUGCAGGGGACAUGGGUUCGUGCCCCGGUCCAGGAAGAUCCCACAUGCCGCGGAGCAGCUGGGCCCGUGAGCCAUGGCCGCUGAGCCUGCGCAUCCGGAGCCUGUGCUCCGCAAUGGGAGAGGCCACAACAGUGAGAGGCCCUGGUACCGCAGGAAAAAAAAAAAAGAAAGAAAAAACUAGGUGUCAAUUAACCUGUUCUUCCUGAUAUUCCUGGAAUUUUGUUGUGAUACCUUGACUCUUUCCAUUAUAUUUCAAGAGGAUUCAGAGUGUUAGAAAUUAUUUUGGCAACCUAUAAAAUAUCAUAACACUGGUCCUUAGGCCUGUGACCCACAAAUGACUCAGUAUAGAGUUCAUUGCUAAAAUUAUUAGUAAAUCUUUUUGAUGUUUUAAGCUAUAGUGGAAAAAGAAAUCUGGCCACUUUGUGUUUUUAUGAAGGCAGUGGAAUAAAGAGAUCCAAAGAUUAAAUAUUUUUAUCUAUUUUGAUUUUUGUUAACUUUCUCCUUAAAAUAUUCAGUAGUGAUAAAGAUAUGGAAAAUUGCACUGUAGGAGAAUUGGAGUAUAUAAAGGUGGUUGAUAUUUUUCAUUUUAAUUUUAUAUCUUUUGUGUAGCUCUACAAGAAAAUGUUUUGUAAUUUGGUUUCAUUAUUAAGGUCCAGUACUUGGUAGCCAUAGUUUAGAUAAUAUUGUUUAAUACUGUUUGCUUGCAUGUUAACAACAAAAUCUUUUGGAGGACCCAUAAAUCAUGGCAUUGAACACAUUUCUGAGGCAUUCUGAGCAUCAAAGCAAGUGCUAUGGCAAUACCUGUGUAGACUAUUAGAGAUGUCCUGGGCUGAUUUGAAAAAAAAAAAAAAGAAAGAAAACUGUAAAUACCAAUUCUACACGCUCUGAAAAUAUGAAUUCAUGCAUUUUCCAAGCCCUCUGCGUCAUUGACUAGGGCAUUUGGUACCCCAGUAAUAACCGGCAGCAUGACAUACCUGCAGUGCACCUUACAAUAUUAAAAGGGUUUUUAUUCUAAGACAGAAUAAAACUGUUCAAUAAAAAAUGUUCGUCAAAGUUCUUUCUCUUUAAACACUAAUAUUUUCUUACAGUAGAAAGAAGUAUAGUGAAGGGCAUCUUUAACAUGUAAGAAUGGAAUUAUGGUCAUGUUUAUAGUCCCUAAAAUAGCUAAAUUAAUUUCUCUUUUCCUAGGAUUUAUACAGUGUUGUGUUUAAAGCUGGAAGCCCUUUCUCCCCCUCCUAGAGUACAGACAGCUCCUGAGUUACAAUCCAUGACAUGAGGAGACUAAGCCAUCCAGGCACAGGCCAAGCUGGAAACCUUAGGCUAGAAUGCACCCUCUGUGGGCAAGCAGAUGCAAAAGGCAAAAAAGGGAAGGGCUGAUUCCACUGAAACUUGUCUUUGGAUAGACCAUUUCUCUUUCCAGAAGCACGACUUAAUGUGAGGGGUAGGGAGAGUGGUCAGGCAUGUUAAUUCAGCUCAAUGGAUCUUAAUCAGGGGUGAACUGACAUCCAGGGAGCAUUUAGGAAUGAGAAAGCAGGUGUUUUGGUUAUCACAAUGACUCAGGGACCACCACUGGCAUUUAAGAGUAAGGGCCAGGAUGGUAAAUGUUCUGUGCUAUGCUAGACAGUGCCAUAAUUGAUUAUCCAGCCCAAAGUGCAGCAGUGACCCUUCCACUUUGAGAAAUACUGACUAAAGUCCCUCUACGUGGAAAGACAAUGAGUGGGGAAUUAAUUUUUCCCCAAAAAUUUUUAAUAAAAACUUUACUAAAGAAUCUUUACAUGGUACAUAAAAGGAAAAGGACCUUACUUGCAGGAGUACUGUCAACAUUUUGGAAACUCAUUAUCACAUAGGAAUUACCAUUUCAUCCUGUUCUCUGUCAGUAGUUCAUAAAUCUCAUACCAGAAGCACCUGAGGAGCAUUUUUUAAAGUACAAAUUCCCAUGCCCCACACUUGGAGUCCGAUUCUGAAGUUCUGCAGUGAAACCUGGGACUCUGCCUAAGUCCCACAGGUAGUUCUGAUCAGCCAGGUUUAGAAAGCCAAUUUUAAAACAUCACAGCUGACUCAUCUAAUCUAGCCCCCCUCCUUGUAAGGGCCCUGGUGAUGUUUCCAUGUUGAACUAUUUUACCAUUUCUCUGUCCUUCCAAAUUCAGUAUAUCUAAGUUGUGACUCCAGCAUGAAGAGUGGGAAAGAACUAAAUGGAACAGGGGUGCAUUUCUGCAGGAUAGAAUCUAAGGGGAAACAGGAAAAUUGCGACUUGUUUCCUCUAGGGUUUGGCUGCUUUGAGUACCGAGGCUCUGUUCCUAGCAUAUAGGAAAUGAAUGUGUGGUGUUUCUGUGUCUCAAUUUUACAUAGUUUUUGUCCCUGUCUCCAUAGGUUGUCAGUCUAAAAGAAAAGCUGCUCUUUCUGCCCAGCCCUGUGGUAAUAGCUCACAUCUAAUCGUGUCUGGAUUCAUUGUUACAGGAUGCCCCUGCCCUAUUAGUUCAGAGACUAUAAGCUGGUUUAAGUAGUGACAGUGGGGAGAGUGUCACAGAAUAAAGUAAUGAAGGUGAGUGAGCUCUUAGAGGAGCUCAGAUGUCAACCACUUUGCUUAGUUUACCUACUUUGACUGUGAUUUUAAAAGAUGACAAGUAUGAGUACAAUUGGAAUCAAACUUAAGGAAGUAAAGUAGCACCAUUAAUCUCUGAAUCUGGGUGUGCUUAAUGGGGAUUUGCUCAGAGCAGGCUGCCUUAGCUUCUCCCAGUAUAGAGACACUGAGACAACUUCUUGGCAUAGGAGCUAGUCAGGUGAGGGAAGUAAGGGAGAGUGUCGCUUUGAGCAGCAGAGACUUGGAGGCCAGCAGCAGCCAGUCAGUCAGCUAGUGUGUACACUGGGAAGCUAAAGAUGCAGGUCCCAGGCCCUGCUGUUGUGGGGGUCAAACCAACCUCCUGAGGAGGAGUGACGCAGAAGUUUUUAUCCUGUUUUUCAAAGCCAGGGUUAGUAAAAGCGAGCUUGUGGUUUUUGAGACAGUUUGAAAUCUGGCUCCAAGAGCACAUGAUGAGACUAUGAAUCAAAUGUGGUUUCUGUUCUCAGUGAUGGUGCCAAGCUGUGCCCGUUACAUGGGUGUUCUUUAAAUUCCAGUUCUGUUCGUAUUUCAACAGACUUGGCUGACUGAUAAAAAUGUUUUCACGUUUAGCUCAUAAACAUAUCAAAAUCAACCUGAAUCUGAUUCUAGUUCAUAAUGAAUGUUGAUUUUUAGGGAAAUGCUUUAAAAUGCACUGGUGUCUGUAUUGUGGUUUAUAAAAAAACAAAGCAGCUCUGUGAGGCCAAAGCAUAUUUCAGUUUAAUAAUAAGGCUUUCAUAGAGUGACUCAUAGUUUAGGUGCAGAGAAACAACUGAGAGCGGCCAGCAAGGAGCUCGUGGCCCAGAAAGUCUUGCCUUUGCCUCUAUAAACUUGAAGAGCAGCCUGGGAGUGGAAGAGCAGAGAGCCAAGAAUGCCAGUUUGAGGAAGUGUGAGAAGCCUGGGCCAAGGCAAGAUUGUAAUGAAUUCCAGUGAACGGUUUACAGUCAUCCCAGUACAGAGAACAGGAACAUGUUUACUAGAUGUCUGGAGUGUGCUUCUGUUAUCCUGGUACUCACUUAAUCUUUAUAAUCCUUGGGUGCUGGCCUCACACAGGAUUGUUGAUGAGAAUGCAAAUCCCAACAUUGCAGUUCAGGAUUUUGCUUGUGCUGAAAUUGUUUUGUAAAUUUCUUUUACUGGGUUAGUUGGGUGACAGUUAUCCCUUACUCCAUUCCCCAGUGUUUAACAGCAUUUCUUUUGUCCCAGAAUGGGUUUUGGAGCUUUGCAGAUUUCAGUUUACAGAGGAGUGAGGUAUAGUUUCAUUUUUGUAGAAGUAAUACACUGUAAAAAGGAUAUGGGCAGGAUGGAAGAUGGUUUUUUUUAAAUAGAUAAAUAAAAGAGGAAAGAAAAUCUACCAUCCCACCAUUCAGGGCUAACCAUUGGUAACACCAUUUGGCUAUAUAUUCAACCUGGCGUUGUUCUGUACAGGCAUGUGCUUUUCAGCAAAAAUCGAUUCAUAGUGUACGUACUGUUGUAAAACUUGCUUUUUUCACUUUGUGUAUUGAGUAGCACUGUUUUGUUUUAAAGUAUGAUUAUGCACACACAAAAGCACACAUAUCAUGAUUACCUAUGUAAACAGUACCCAGAAGCCCCCUUAAAACUCCCUUCCAGUAGACCCCACCCCCUCAAGGGUAAGCACUAUCCUGACUUCUAACAGCUUAGAUUGCUUUUGCUUGCGUUUGUUCUUUACAUGAAUGGAAUUACACAGCAUAUAUGCUUUUGUACUUAGCUUCUUUGCUCAACAUUGUGUUUGUGAGAUUCAUCCAUAUUGUUGCAUUUGGCUGUGGACCGUUCGUUUUUGUUGCAGUAUGGUAUUCCAUUGUGUUAACAGACCAUGAUUUAUCCAUUCUGCUGUUGAUACCGCAUUUGCAUCAUUUCUAGCUUUUGGCUGUUAAAAUAAUGCUGGCACAGUUUUUUCCUCCACAAGAGAAGCUGAAGUUAGAGUGGGUAAGAGGAACACUGACUUAUACCUCUUAAGGACUUUGAAUAUUGUGAAAGAUAGUAGUGCCCAGCUAUGGUGCUGCUCCACACUAGUGUGCUACUGCAAGGAAUUUGUAACUAAGAAAAAAAUACUAGCAAACCAUGAUGUGCUAUAGAUGUAGACAUAGGUGUGUAUGUUAGAGCAGAUGCAGGGUUAAUCCUCCUCUGUGGGCCUAGCCUUUUCCCUAAGGACGCUGCUCCACCUACCACCCUUCCCAGUGGCAGCACUGGAGUAUUUCUUGCCCUACAAACUAUGUUCAGGAGGUAGACUUGGUGUCCUUGGUCCCUGCCUUUCUGGUAAAACCCCUACUUACUCCAUUCAGGCUUAUGUGAUCCUCUCACUCUCCUGGUUACCUGAUUACUCCCAUCUUAAAAAAAUUAUUCCUGCCUUUCUCUUCCUCUAUACCUCCAUCCUUCCAUAUGACUUCAUCUGUGUGGCUUACCCAUCUGUGUUGGGAGUCCCCAAGAUAAUCAUACUCAUGGCGAUGAUUCUUACAGCAAAAAGAUGCAACGCAAAAUUGAGCAAAGGAAAGGGUGUGUGGGCGAAAUCUAGAGCAAACCAGGCUCAGACUUUCAGAGGGGACUUUGAAAGUGGUGUCACAGAGUAUGUACUUCAUUCCCCCAGCAAAGAAUUGUUCCAACAUAUGUGGAAUGUUGUCUCCCAGGACAACAAGCUCAUCAGCAACUGAGGGCCCAGGGUUUUGAUCGGGGUCUGGUUAUUUAGGCAUCUUCUGCGUGGCACAUACUAAAAUCCCAGACUCCCAGAAGUAAAGCACAAAUACACAUCAUUGACUGUGCAGUUUAGGCGCAGUGAGCCACCCUUAUCAGUUUUGGGAAUGAUGGAAACCCUCCUCAAACCCUAGUUUUCAGAUGUCAGCCAAGGGCCAAACUUCUUAGCAGUCUUUUUAAAGGAUAGGAGUCAGGCCUGCUGUGUUAACUUUCCUGGACCCAUCCUACACCCUGGCCCCUGUUCCUUUCCCUGUGACCUUUUCUUCUCACCUCCUCCCACCCAAACCUGUAGACACACCUGGACCUUGUCUGUCAACCUCAACUGCAUCAUCUCUGAAUCAUGGAUUUAGACACCCUACGCUUUGAUCUUCCAACUGGCUUGCUCAAGAAAUAAUAAGUACAUACACACAUAGAGUGACCUAACCACUCCUUUGCUCAGUAACUGCGUUUAGCUUGGUGCAGACCUCCAGGUCAGGAAUCUUUCUACUUUGGAUUCAUUAGCUUCCAUCUUUCUUCUACUUUCCCUACCACCAUCUCCAACCAGCCUAGACUCCUUGAACUAUCAUUAUCUUACAAAUAACCUUAAACUCCCUUGCACCUCUUUUGAGCUUUUUGUGCUCUUGCCUAGAGAAACUUCAACCCUGAAAGCAUCCAACCACCCACAUGUUCAGUAUUCACUCAGAGGGGUUGUGUCCUGCGGAAGAGAAUCACAAUUGAAUACAUUAGUACCACUGUAGAUCUGAUUACUGCUCUCUCCUGGCCCUCAGCAUUGCCAGCAAAACUUAGUACUUUUCUGUAAUCACCUCUCUGUAGUCAGCAAAUGGCCCUGCUAUCCAUUUCAAAGAGAACUAGAAGACAGUGGAUGGAAACUGCCUCAGGUACUCACCACACUCUAACAUAUGCAUCCAGCCUUUUCCUGGCUGUCCUUUAAAAACAGAAAAGAUCACGUAGCAAAAAACUGCUUGUGCUCUGGCUCCCUAACUCCCACCAUUCCCGUUACUGAAUUACCUCUUUCUCUGUGUCUUCAACUUCUUCCUUGAUAAAGGAUCCUUUCCAUUCGCAUUUAAUUAUAAUGCUAGCAUAUUAUAUAGCAUAUUAAUGUGUUAGUAUUCAUAUAUUUAUAUAUACAGGUGUAACUUGGAGAUAUUGUGGGUUUAGAUCCAGACCCCAGUAAAGCAAAUAUCACAAUAAAGUGAGUCACAUGAAUUUUUUUCUUUCCUAGUAUAUAUAAAGUUAGAUUUACACUGUACUUUUGUCUAUUAAAUGUGCAAUAAUAGCAUUAUGCCUAAAAAACAAUGUAUGUACCUUUAUUUUAAAAUAAUGCUGUUGGGAAAAUGGUGCCGAUAGACUUGCUUGAUGCAGGGUUGCCACAGAACUUCCCAUUUGUAAAAAAUGCAAUAUCUGCAAAGCACAAUAAAACGAAGUAUGCCUAUAA